CCUCUCCCCGUACCCCCGAAUUCGGCGGUAUCAACUCCUUCUCGCGAUCCCGGGCUAUUUGGUGAAUAUAUAUACUACUAUACGAUGCCGAACAACGAAGGAACCCCAGCUGAUGACCUUCCUGAAGAUCAAGCACAAGCCUUGCCAUGUAUUUCUACUCUGAAACUUAAACUGAAUUCGAAUUACUCAGAGAACCGAUCUAUCACGGGCUCGGAAGGUCUCAGACGAAUUCGAUUCGAGCAAAGCGCUGUGGGUUCUUCGACUGACGGACUUAGUUACUCGCAUAGUACCUGCUAUUCGUGCAAUAGCAAAAGUGAACGGAUGAGCGAUUUAGAAGGAGAUAAUCACCAAAGGGACAGUACCAGCCUUUUGUCUUACAAUUCGACCAGGGAUAUCAAACAAUUUGUAAAGGAGGUGAACGGGAGAGAGAAACAGAGCGUGGCGUUGGUGAUUGCUAUGGGUGGACUUUACCCCUGCCCUGAUGUUAUUGAAGCCAUCCUGGAUCCAACUGACGGUCUCUCAAAGUAUAUCCUUGACAUAGGUCAGUCCAAGGAUCCAAGUAUAAUCUUAUCGAGACUAAUAUGCAUACAGGAUGUGGAACUGGUUCCUGCGGUUUUAGGAGUAGACGUUGCUCCGCCCCCCAUGGACACCGGUGUACUUCCACCUAACUUACAAUUCGAAAUCGACGACAUCAAUCUCGGUCUAUCUCAUUUCUAUGACCAAUACGAUGUAGUUCAUGUUCGCUGUGUUUCAGGUGGGAUCAAAGACAUGGACCGAACAAUCGUAGAGUACCAAAAAUGCCUCAAACCGGGGGGAGUUUUACUCAUCAUUGAGGGCGACUAUAAUAUCCACGAAACGAAAGAGAAGCCAGCGAGAUUAAAAAGGCUACCUGGGGAUCCGGAUGUUAGUGGAGUAUGUGACAAUGGAUCUUGGUUACGAAGGAUGGUACUAGAGGCGUGCGUGGCGUGUGGAAUUGCGGGCUCUUGCGUGCAUCGUUCCAGUGAAUUGAUAGAUUUGGGACUCUGGGAUUAUCCUCUCAUGGAUCCAGAGACGGCUAGAGCCGGGGGGCUGUAUUUACCAAUAGGGCCAUGGGCAAAAGGUGACGAUCUCCCUGCUCCAUCACUCCCCAAACGCUCUGGGAGAUCAUCUCCACUAGAAACGCCCCCGCUUACUCCGAUAAGAUUGAGCUCGCCUCCCAUUUCGCCCGAGCUGAAAGAUUUUUGCCGUCCCCCUGGACACAGAUAUCCAGCAAUCGAAAUCUUUACGACCGCAGAAGAAGCUAGGAAAGCGCGUGAAAAGCGACAACUAAACGUAGGAGAGCUACCGGAGAUGAUGGUUGAGAGAAACUGGCGUUUAAUGCAGCAACAGAUACACCAACCGCUGUCCACUGAUGCGACUUCUGUAACCUCUCCCUGA